GGACUUUGUGUUUUCCUCUUUAAUCGUGAUCAAUGGCAAACGGUGGUGGUAGCAGUAGUGAUAAUAAGAAGGUCUUGCAUGCGGCUGACGAGGCAGAGAGAGCGGCCAAGGAGAGGAGGCGUGUUAUGGAGGAGAAGAAGCGGAAGUUGGCAGCGGAGAAGGAAUUGUCUGAGGAGGAUCAGCAGUUGAAGACUCUUCUCGAGAAGCAGGUUGAGACUAUCACUGGAGGUGGGGUCAGGACUGGUGAUGUUGAAGAGGCAAUUCAGGCGAUUGGAGAGGAGAUGAGGUCGGCGGCUAGCAGUAUGACGUCUGUUCCGAAGCCGUUGAAGUUCUUGAGGGCUCACUUCACUGCUCUUGCAGCAGCUUAUGAAAACAUGCCCGAUAGUGGGGUUAGGAAGGAGCUUGCGGAUGUGCUUGCAGUUCUCUCCACAACGAUACCUUUGGAGAAGUCUCGAGAGAAGCAGGCGAAAGGUGGCGAUGAGAAGACAGAGGAAGGCACCGCUGUCUCCGAGGAAGCCCCUAAGGAUGUCGAAGGGGGUAGUGGUAGCAGUGGUGUCGGUAAAGAUGCACAGCACUCUACCAUUGGGCAUGUCAAGAAGGGCGCUAGUCUGCACUAUCGGUUGGCUGGUACCAAUGAGGACAUCACCAAGUGGGGCAUGGAGUUCAUGAAGACCAUCUCGGGUGAGAUCUCCACCGAAUAUCAGAGUCGUAUAAGUGAGGGUAAGGACGUGACGGAGCUCAUCAGGUUGGUGGACCAAAUAGUUCCUUAUAACAUGAGCCACAGUGCUGAGACGGAGGCGGUAGACCUUCUCGCGGAGACCGACGGAAUCGACAAACUCCCCAAGUUGGUGGACAGUGUGACGGCCCCGAGAGUAUGCCAGUAUCUGGUCGGUCUGGCGCACUUUGCCGCCAACACGGAGGAGAGGCGGGUGCUGCUCAAUGUGACCUAUCAAAUAUUCACACAAAUGAAGGACCUCCCCAGCGCUCUUAUAAUCGCGAUGAGGAUGAACAACUUCGGCAGAGUUCGUGAAACUAUGAAGGCUGCCAUUGCUGUGAAGGAGGACAGGUCUAUUGCUCGACAGAUGUGUUACAUCUACGCCCGGUCCUCAGGAAGGGCCAGUGGUGGUGCCCUACAGGCCGCUGAGGAGCUAGGCCUCGACGAGGAUGAGGACGCUGACUUGAUAUCUAUCCUGUCUAAUGAGAGCCUCUCUACCACUUAUCACAACCUCGCCAAGGAUCUCGAUGUUGUUGAAGCCAAGGCUCCAGAAGACGUCUAUAAGACCCAUCUGGAGGAGCGAGGGAGGAACCCUGCGGCUUCGGUGAUAGAUUCGGCCAAGCAGAACUUGGCGUCGACAUACGUCAACGCGCUUGUCAAUGUGGGCUUUGGUACGGAUAAAAUGAUGACUGUGGAAGGCAGCCAGUGGUUAUAUAAGAAUAAGGAUAGAGGUAUGCUGGCUGCGGCAGCAUCAUUGGGUUCUAUCAUGCUCUGGGAUGUGGAUGAGGGUCUUGCUCAAAUCGAUAAGUAUCAGUGGUCAGAGAACAUCAACGUGAAGGCCGGCGCCAUGCUAGGCUUCGGUCUGGCCUCUACGGGUGUUACUUCCGAUGUCGACCCCGCCUGGGCCCUCCUGGCCGAGCAGCUGGACAGCAACGAGCCUCUGGUCAAAAUGGCGGCAGUGAUGGGGCUUGGCUUUGCCUAUUCUGGCUCCCGCAGAGAGGACCUCGCUGAGAAUCUCACUCCCAUUGUUGUCGAUACGGACGCUGGCUCACUCGCUCUUUCUGCAUUGGCGUCGGUCUCUCUGGCACUGGUCUUCGUCGGUACGGGUAACACCGAUAUCAAAGAUAUCAUCAUGGCCACUAUUCAGGAGAGGCAGGAGGUCGGUCUAGGAGGGUCGGACGUAUUCGUGUGCUUCUUUGCGGUGGCAUUGGGCAUCCUCUACCUACAGUGCGGGUCUGUGCUACCAGGCAAUCUCUGUACUGUUGUUGUGAAGUCCUGUGGGUAUGCUGGCAGUGGCGAUGUGCUGAGGAUUCAGGAGCUCAUGCACUUACUGGCGGAGACGCCCAACAUCACUCCUGCCAAGCAGGGAGAGGAGAGUAAUGCUGAAGACAGCUCAGCUGCGGCAGAGGACGAUGAGGACGUUGGAGCCCGGUACUACCAAGUAGCUGGUGUGCUCGGCAUUGGUCUGGUUGCCUUGGGGGAGGAGAUCGGCACUGAGAUGACCGUUCGAGCAAUGGAUAAUAUACUACAGUACUGUCCUCCUACUAUUAAGAGAGGGGUCCCUCUUACCUUGGCCAUGCUGUUCGCAAGCAAUCCCAAGUACACCAUUAUUGACACUCUCUCGAGGCUGUCCCAUGACGCUGACAAUGAGGUGGCGGAGUGUGCUAUACUCAGCAUGGGUAUCGUUGGAGCUGGUACGAACAACUCUCGUCUGGCCGGUCUUCUUCGCCAGCUCGCUGCCUACUAUGCUAACAGUCCCAAUGCACUCUAUGCCACGAGGAUCGCCCAGGGGAUGCUAUAUUGUGGCAAGGGGUUGGUCUCCUUGAGUCCACUCCACAGUGAUCGUUAUCUCAUUAACCCUACUUACCUCGCUUCCAUGUUGGUGGUCCUCUUCGCUGGUGCUCUCAACAUCGACACGACACUCUUCGGCUCACAGUAUCACUUCAUGCUGUACUAUCUCGUACCCUGCAUAUACCCUCGUAUGGUGGUCACUCUACUGGACAAGGAAGAUGGCAGUGAGCCUGAGCCCAUCAGCGUGCCGGUUCGUGUGGGACAAGCUGUGGAUACCACUGGUAUUGCGGGUAAGCAGGCGAAGGCCAUUACCGGUUUCCAAACCCACACUACUCCGGUAUUGCUAUCAUGCACUGAUCGCGCUGAACUAGCGACUGAGGAGUAUAUUCCUGUUACUAAAGUUAUUGAAGGAUUCGUUAUCAUCAGAAAGAAUAAGGACUUCAAACCAGAGGAGUUGGAAGGAUCACGAAAAUGA